AUAAGGUCAUCGCGCGGGCGGGGUCGGGCGGUUUGAACAAGACCUAGACGGAACUGGGGGGCCGGCGAGAUAGGAUACGAGGCGCCUCGAGAAGCCGAAGAUGGCAGUUAACGUGUAUUCAACUUCAGUAACUAGUGAUAAUUUGAGUCGACAUGAUAUGCUGGCCUGGAUCAAUGAAUCUCUGCAGUUGACCUUGACAAAGAUUGAACACUUAUGUUCAGGUGCUGCCUAUUGUCAGUUCAUGGAUAUGCUUUUUCCUGGUUCCAUUGCUCUUAAGAAAGUGAAGUUUCAAGCAAAACUGGAACAUGAAUACAUUCAGAACUUCAAGAUCCUACAAGCAGGUUUUAAGAAAAUGGGUGUUGACAAAAUAAUUCCUGUGGACAAAUUAGUGAAAGGAAAAUUUCAGGACAAUUUUGAAUUUGUUCAAUGGUUCAAGAAAUUUUUUGAUGCAAAUUAUGAUGGGAAAGACUAUGACCCUGUAGCAGCUCGACAAGGCCAAGAAACGGCAGUAGCCCCCUCCCUCAUGACUCCAGUUUUGAAUAAGCCAAAAAAACCUCUUGGAUCCAGUGGUGCGGCUCCACAGAGGCCCAUUUCUACACAGAGAACUACAGCACCUUCCAAGACAGGCCCUGGCGUGGUCAGAAAGAAUCCAGGUAUGGGAAAUGGAGAUGAUGAGUCAGCAGAAUUAAUCCAGCAGAUCAAUGUAUUAAAACUCACUGUUGAAGAUUUGGAAAAAGAGAGAGACUUCUACUUUGGCAAGCUAAGGAAUAUUGAAUUGAUCUGUCAGGAAAAUGAAGGGGAAAGUGAUCCAGUGUUGCAGAGGAUUAUGGAGAUUCUCUAUGCCACAGAUGAAGGCUUUGUGAUACCUGAUGAAGGGGGACCACAAGAGGAGCAAGAAGAGUAUUAAUAACCCAUGUACUGUACCAGUAGAGCAGCAACGUCUGAAUUUUUCACCCCAAAUCAUGUGCUUAACUGUAAAAUACUCCCUUUUAUUAUUUUUUAGAGGACUCACUCACUGGUUUCUUUUCAUAAGCAAAAAGUACCUCUUCUUAAAGUGCACUUUGCAGAAGUUUCACUCCUUUUCCAAUGGGUUUUGAGUUAGGAGCUUUUAUCUUGUGGCAGAGCAGUAUUAACAUCUAGCUGGUUCACUUAGGGAACAAAGAGGCAGACCUUGAGAACUCACUAUUUGGUUGCUGGUAAAGACACUGAUAUCUGAAAAAAUUGUUUUUAUGUAAUAUAUUGAAAAUGGAAACUUAAAAUAGAGAAAUGUGAGGACAACUCACAGAAUGGAUUAACUAAUGUGAAAUCUCAGCAUAGAACUAAAUAAAUGCCUUAAGAGUAUUUAAAAAUGUUUCCAUAUGUCAAAUUAUAAAAUGUGUGACAGGAGAUUCUCUGUGCUUCAUAUUGUGGUUAGAAAGAACCUAACCUUAUACAUGGCUGUCUGAGAAGGCCUGUGGUGCUCUUUUAGUACUUUCAGGCAUAAAAAUUGAUCAAAAUGCAAAAUAAAGAAAUUUAUUCUAGAACUUUUUGGUAUUACUCAGUGGUUAACCCCCCAUGAAAGAAUAGGCUGGAUUUUUGCCUAACAGUCAGAGGGAGUCUUUUGGCUCUGAGAUGUAUGAUUGAGUUGAAGAGCUCAAAAUUGUUUUUGUGGAGCAUUUCUGUGGUAGUUUUUUGAUGUUUCUCCAAACCUUCUUUGCAUUGUAUUUUCUGGAAAGCAAGAUGUGUCCAGUUUUAUUACCUAAAAAUUGCUUUUGGAAAGCAAAAUCGCUUCUCUGAAAAUGAAUUUUGCUUGGAAGCAGAUUGUCUUGUUUUUCCAUCCUAUCUUUUAGUUCCUUUUUUUACUCUUCUCUUCCCCUUAUAUUCCCCAUUUGGGGUCUCUUCUUUCUGCCCCUUAAAGCAUGCUGCUGAGAAUAGACAUACCAUGGGCAGGUGAUCAUGCUCCAUGUUCUUUCUGGACCUCUGGUAGAGGGGGAGUGAUCUGUGAAGGCUGAGAUUACCUUGUGAUCUGUAAGGCCUGGGUCUUUUUUUUUUUUUUUUUUUUUUUUUUGGUACCUGCUGUCCACAGCCCUCACUGUAUCUGAAUAGUAGUUGCCAGUGCACUAAUCUCCUUGGAGAUAAAAUUCAUUAGUGUGUUACUAAAUGUUAAUUUUUUUUUUGCAGAAAAUACAGUACCAUGUCUAAUUUAAAUAUUAAUAUUUAAAAUAUUUCAUUCCUAAACACUCCCAUCUUUUUUGCUUUGCACCUCAACCUGUUUUCAUCCCUUUUGUUUGGCAGGAACCUGCCAGGUUUCUCAGUUACCUACUACUGAGAUUGAUCAGUUCUGAUGUGCUUGUAUCAGUUUGUUUCUGGUGGUAGAUUCUGGUGUCCUAAAAUGUGUGUAGAAGGCGAGCAUUUAUGAUAAAAUUGUUGUGUAGUGCAUGAUCUGUGUGGAAUUCUGAGGAAAACCCAAAUUCAGUGAAUAAUAAUAAUAAUGCCAAAAAUGCAAGUAACUCGCCAUUGUUAAAAUACAGUGGUGCUAUUUCUCUCUUGUGGCCUUUUUAGACUUUUGUUGCCCUAAAAAUUCCAUUUUACUGGGAAACCAUAUUCCACCUGGUCUUUCUUGACAGGGUUUUUUUCUACUUUAAACAGUUUCUAAAUAAAGUUCUGUAUUUCAAGAAUGUCAUGUCUUCUGAAAUUUGUCAUGCCCUGGUCUAUUAGGCUGAAAACAUAAGAUGCUGAUAGUCCAAGAUUCAGUUCAUGUGAUUAAAUUGUGGAUACUUCUUUUGUAUCCUUUCUUUAAACUA